GCCGCACCCCUCCCCCUCCCCUCUCCGAAUGCGAUCGCGAGCACAAACCCCAGCUGCCGCCGCGAGGUAGGAGGAGGAGAGCCCCCGGCGGAAUCUGCGCGCGAGCAGCUUCGAGGAUUGCCCCCCCGGGGUUGGAUGAGAAGGAGGGAGGCGGUGGAGGUGGAGGUGGCGGUGGUGGAGGAUGCGGAAGGCGUACAAGGACUCGCUCAAGGUGCUCGAAGCUGACAUCCAGCACGCCAACACCCUGGCGUCUGAAUUUCCCCGGGAGUACGAUGGCGCUUGCCUGCAGAUGCGCCUCUCGUACAGUCCCGCGGCGCAUAUAUUCCUCUUCCUGGUGCAGUGGACUGACUGCAGCCUCGCCGGGGCUCUCGGCCUGCUGAGGAUCCUCGUGUACAAGGUUUAUGUCGACGGGACGACGACAAUGUCAACCCAUGAGAGGAAAGCCAGCAUCAAAGAAUUCUAUGCUGUGAUAUUUCCUUCUCUGCUGCAACUGCAAAGGGGAAUCACUGAUACGGAGGACAAAAAGCAGCAGGCCGUGUGCAUGGAGAGGUACAGAAGGAGAGACGAGGAUGAAAGAAACAGCUUAUCUGAAAUUGAUGCCGAGAGAGAAGAGGAAUGUGGGAUUUGCAUGGAGAUGAACAGCAAAGUGGUGUUGCCCAACUGCACCCAUGCUAUGUGCCUCAGAUGCUACCAGGACUGGAAUUCAAGAUCACAGUCCUGCCCAUUCUGCCGUGACAACUUGAAGAAGACUGACCCAGGUGACUUGUGGAUCUAUGUCGAGGACCAAGAUGUGGUUGACAUGGAGACUGUGUCAAGAGAGAACCUCAGACGGCUGUUCAUGUACAUAAACAAGCUGCCCUUGAUUGUUCCGGAUGUCAUCUUCAGUAUUUAUGAUACCCACAUAAAAUGACUGCCUGGCAACGCCUCUUUGCCGACGCCUUCAGCCAGUGCUCAGUUCCGAUUAAGCUAUGCCCCCAAGUUCUCCAUUUCCAUACUUAGACUCAAAGCUCAUGGAAAUGCCUGAACCGCUGUGGAGACACAAACCUCCUGGUUGUGUUGUAGAACUUAUUUAGUGCUUACCUGCGUCCUUAAGCAUAUCAAGCCACUCUGUAUAUAUCUGACAUGGCUCUAUCAAUAGAGAACUUGUGCUUGCCCCAAAUGGAGGCAGGGCUGUUUGUUGCUGUUAUUCUGAUAUAUGUGGUUGCUGGUUCUUGCUGUUGGCAAACAUAAUGGCUGUGCCAACAUUUGCAUCAA